GUAUUAGCUCUGGGUCGAGGUUGAUCAUAACUCGAAGCAGGCUUUGUAAAAUAGGGCUCCUCUUCGUCCUGUGAACUUUGAAUUUGAAGUUUAUUUUCAGGCUUCUUGUCGAAUGUAAAUGCUUGUCCUUCUUUCGUUGGUGACGCAGGGACUACUUCACCUGAUUUUUGCCGAUCUCGCGGAGGUCCACUACUGCCUGCAUUACCCAUUUUGAAAAAUUAGAACAUUCUUAGAUUUAGGAAAUAUUAAAAAUCGAAUAACUAAGCAAUAUAUUUUGACAAUUGGAAACGUGACAAACAUGUCAGACUGUAAGUCAAAAAUUAUGUCAAGGUUAAAAAUUUUUGUAGAAUUGCCUAUCCUGUGUUUUAUUUUGAAGAUUUAAUUAAUAUUAAGAAGUUUAGAUUAUAUUGAACUUAAAUUUGUAAUUUCAAAAUUUUGAAUUUUAAUAAUGAAUUUAAAAUUAUUAUUAUUAUAUGGAGCAGAGAUAUAUUUGUCCAAUUGCUGUCAUCAGAAUAUUGACAGAAAAAUCUGCUCCUUAAAUGUCAAUCAAGUCAUCAAAUGUGAAAAUAAUUUAAACAAUAUAACCUAACUUUAUUAAGGAUUUUGAUGUAAUUUGUAGUUGUUAUUAUUUGUUCAUAUAGAAUAUAUGUAUAAAAUAGAAAUAAGUGACCUUUACACUUUAUUACCACUACCUCAAAUUGUAAAAUCAAGUAGAUGGUACUUAACCCUGAACUGAAAGAGAUAAAAAAAUAUAAUCAAUUAAUUUAGCAACUAAAUUGCUUUGUGAUAUUCUACUAAAAAUUUAGUAUUUUCAAUAAUAGUAAAAUGACGACGAAUAUGAAGAGAAUUGGAGAAAUCAGUAUACCUGUGCCUUGGGGACAUCUAGCAGCGAAAACAUGGGGCGAAGAAAAAGAUCCUCUCAUACUCUGCUUUCACGGAAUAAUGGACAAUGCUGGAAGCUUUAACAGACUUAUUGCUCAAUUGCCUUCCACGUUCUAUUAUGUGUGUAUUGAUUUGCCAGGACAUGGAAAAUCGUCGCCGUUUCCUCCUCACCUACCGCUCCAUACUCUAAACUUUCUUUUGGUUUAUAAACACGUAACUAGGUUCUUCAAGAGAAAGUUUGUGAUCAUGGGUCACAGUUAUGGGGGCCAAUUAGGCUUUUUGUACGCCCAGAUGUACCCCGAGUGUGUCGAAAAACUUGUUAUGUUGGAUACAGUGACAAUGUACCCUGUACCAAGCAGCUUUUGUAUAGAUUUUUUAGUUGACAGAAUAGAUAAUCAUCUUAAAAUCUGUGAUAAUUUAAGCAAUAAACAAGCACCAGUUUACACAUGGGAGCAAGCUUUAGAAAAGGUACAAAAAGGGCGAAAUUACAACGAAAUAAAGCGGGAAGCUGCCGAAGCUUUAUUAGAAAGGGCCGUAGAGCCACAGGGAGAACUUUACAAGUUUACGUUAGACCAAAGAUUAAAAAACUUUGUGAAUCCUUUACGAGACCAUAGGUUAGCUAUGGAAGCUAAAACAUGGGGUGAACCAGAUGAUCCUUUAAUACUUUGCUUCCAUGGAGUUAUGGAUAAUGCCGGUACCUUUAAUCGGUUAAUGUCAUACUUACCGAACAGCUUCUACUACGUCUGUAUAGACCUUCCUGGUCAUGGCAGGUCAUCAUACUUUCCACCAAAUCUACCUUUAAAUGUCCUAAAUUUUAUUUUAGCAUAUAGGUAUAUUAGUUUACAUUUUAAAAGAAAAUUUGUGAUAUUAGGUCAUAGCUAUGGAGGUCAGCUGGGCUAUGUUUACACUCAAGUCUAUCCAAAAGAUGUACAAAAAUUAAUAAUGCUUGAUACAGUUACACUAUUUCCAGUUUCUGUUAGGAAUUUGAAAAAUCAUCUAUGUGAGAGAGUUGAUAACCACAUUCAACAGGAGAUCAAGAUGGCUUCGGGAACUCGACCUACCUACACAAAAGAAGAAGCUUUACACAAACUACAUACAGGAAGGAGUUAUGCGCCGAUUAAAUUAGAGGGCGCGGCAGCUUUGUUGGAGAGAUCCAUAGAAGAAGCUGAGGAUGGUCGAUAUAGGUUUACCUUGGAUCCGAGAAUCAAAAAUACUUUAACACUUCUAAGAGAUCUCAGGUAUACCAAAGAAACUAUAAUGCAUAACCCAGUACGAUGUCCAGUUUUAAUUAUCUUGGGAACCGAAUCGACUGCUCAGCAAGUCUAUUUUAGUUCGAUUAUUCAGUAUUUUAAACAAAGAAGAAACAUGAGGAUUAAAUACGUAGAAGGUAAUCACGAUGUCCAUAAUGACUAUCCAGAAAGAGUUGCACCAUUAAUAAAUAAAUUUUUAUUAUACAGAUCAAGCAAAAUAUGACCUGGACAUUACAAAUUACUAUGUUAUAAUUGAAAUAAAAAUUUUGUCUGAAUUAAA